AUGCCACAUAGGUUAUAUUUUGAACCAAGGAAACUUGAGAUUGAAUUGAUUGAAGGUGACACUUCUUACCAAUAUAAGGAAAAGACGGUAGACAAACCUGACACCACCACCAUCAUAAAGUCCCUCCCUUCAAGUUUAACCGAAAAAGAGGUCUAUAUUAUCGACUCAAUUAACUCAGGCAUUGGCAGAUCUGAUAAAAGAAACAUUUAUACGCAUAUUAUCGAACCUUUGUUUCGGUCAUUGGACAUCAAGCAUGAACAUUUAAAGACAGAGAAUGCCAAGUCAAUCAGCGAGUUUGCUUCCAGCUUUCGAAACCACGACGCCACAGUUAUUUUCCUCAGUGGAGAUACAUCUAUUACCGAGUUUAUAAACGCAUUAAAUUCCUCAGAAGGUGGCUCUAUUUCGAUAUACCCAAUUCCGGUGGGAACGGGAAAUAGCUUUGCUUUGUCAUUGGGCUUGACGGACCCGGUAAAGUCAAUUGUCCAGUUGUUGCAAGCUGAUAAAGAGUCGCCGUUGUACUUGUUUAGUGCAAAACUCCCCACAGGGACUCGCUACUUAGUACAGGAUGAACUACAAGAGGAGGUCACGUCACCUACCAAUUUUAUUGUGGUCUUCUCAUGGGCAUUUCAUGCCAGUUUAGUUGCAGAUAGCGAUACCCAAGAGUUGCGCAAGCACGGUAUCGAGCGCUUCAAAAUAGCUGCUCAGCAUAACUUGAGUCGAGAACAGAAAUACGAAGCUGACCUUUUAAUUAAUGAUGAGCUCAUCAAGGGCCCGUUCGCAUACUGGGUGUUAACUCCAUCUAGAAAAUUCGAACCCACUUUUGAUAUUUCACCCAAGGGCAAUAUAUUUGAGGACAACUUAUACUUGAUUGCCUUUCGCACCAAGCCCGGUGAUGAUAGGUACAUAAUGGACAUUAUGAAGCAAGUUUAUGACGGAGGCAGCCACAUAGAUAACCCUGAUGUGAUUUAUCGCGAGAUCACAGCCAAGGACAAAGUAGUAUUGAACUUGAAGCAUUCAAAAGAGUUGCUCAAACGAAGAUUCUGUGUUGAUGGAAGUAUCAUUGCACUUCCUGCUCUUGAAGAGAGUAGCAUUACAAUACAAGUAAAGGAUAAUACGAUAGACAAGUGGCAGUUAUAUAUAUUACAUUAG